AUGGUCUGCAAGAAAUGCGAGGGUAAAUUGUCGAAGCUCGCGGCGCCGGACCCGUUCACGAAUAGCUCGCAGAGCAUCAAGGAGGGGUCUCGCAAGGUCGGGGAGAAUAAGCUUCUCACGAGGCCGGGCAGCUCGAAAAACAGGUUUCAGCCGUAUCAAGGGAAAUGUAGAGACUGCAAGUCGACCGUCACGCAGAACAAGGCCAAGUACUGUCAUGGAUGCGCAUAUAAGCGGGGUGUAUGUGCGAUAUGUGGCAAGAAGGUGCUGGACACCACGGGUUAUGCGAUGUCGUCGAAGUGAUGCGGUGGGACGGAGCUGGGUUUCUUUCGCGGGCGCGCGGGUGGAUGGACUUUUCAACGUGUUUUAGAAUUGCUAUCUUGUAUGU